CUUGUUCAAACUUUCAACAGCAGAGCGCACGAACUAUGCAGCUCUCGUCUGCUCUCCUGUCAUAUUAAGAGACAUGCAGCGGCUUUAAAAACUCGUGAAAGAGCGUCAAUUAUUCGAGCGGCUUCUAAAUCUGACGGGAUGACGGCUAAAACUCUGGAGAAGGUGCCGAUGCCGCUCGGGGGGUUCGACAACGUGUAUUCCGUGGAUGACAUCGCCGCCGGUUUGCCCACGUCGGUUGCAAUUUUUCCCUGCAACUCGGACUUGGGGUCACAUUACGAGCAGAUCAACGCGGCUGGAGAUCCCUUAAUGAGCGCAGAGAUGAGCGCAGAGAGGCGUUCUCUGGACCUCUCGUCUUACUCCGGCGGUUUCUCCCAGCCUUCUUCACACCGCAACCAGACCUUCACCUACAUGGGGAAGUUCUCCAUCGACUCCCAGUAUCCCGCAAACUGGAAUCCCGAAGGAGUCAUCAACAUCGUCUCGGGCAUCUUUAACGUUGCCCAUCCUCCUCCAUCCACGUCAUCGACCUCUCCGGCUCCCUCGGCUUCUCCCAGUCACUUUCCGAACCGAAAUUUGAGUUGCACCAUGGCCGCGGCGCAUCAGAACCAAGUCGAGACAGAGCACCAUCAGCUUUACUCCCCUCCGCCGCCGUACUCUUCCGCCGCCUGCGGGGAGGUGUACCAGGAUCCGUCGGCGUUUCUUUCCACUUCCACCUGCCACAUCGCCUCGUACCCGCCGCCCUCGUACUCAUCACCUAAGCAGCACAACGGCCAGGACGUGCCGGGACUUUUCCCGAUGAUCCCCGAGUACCCUGGCUUCUUCCAGCCGGCUUGUCAGCGAGACAUGCACGGUCCGAGCAUCCCGGAUCGGAAGCCCUUCGGCCCGUGUUCCCUCGACACAUUCCGCGUCCCACCACCUUUGACUCCGCUGAACACUAUCCGAAAUUACACGCUCGGCGGUCCGAGCUCUGAGGGAGGGGGGCCGGCGAGGCUUCCCUCCGCGUACAGCCCCCAGAAUCUCCCUCUGAGGCCCAUCCUGCGCCCGAGAAAAUACCCCAACAGACCCAGCAAGACGCCCAUCCACGAACGCCCGUACCCGUGCCCGGCGGAGGGGUGCGACCGGCGUUUCUCCCGUUCCGACGAACUCACCAGACAUAUUCGCAUCCACACCGGACACAAGCCCUUCCAAUGCAGGAUAUGCAUGCGCAACUUCAGCCGCAGCGACCACCUGACUACUCACAUACGCACCCACACGGGGGAGAAGCCGUUUGCUUGCGACUUCUGCGGCCGAAAAUUCGCCAGGAGCGACGAAAGGAAGAGACAUACGAAAAUCCACCUGAGACAAAAGGAGAGAAAGUCCUCCACUGUCUCUACUUCGUCUUCGUCGUCAUCCGUUAGCUCCGCGUUAGAGCGCACUGGAAGCAUUUGCGCAACCAACGGGAUGAGUUCUUAGGUGGGACAUGUUUUUGCGCUCAAAAGCGGCGUAAACCAAACAAAUUUAUUGUUCAUUAACCCUUUUAAACCACGAAUUAUGAUUUUUUUUUUUUUUUUUUUACUAUUGUCCAACAGGACAAUAUUUUGUGCCAGUGUUGCUCACAAGUAUUUUGCGAUGGGCAAUAAGAAAUAAUAAUUAAUGAAUAAUUAAAAAUAAAAUGAAUAGAU